GGAAGUUUGCACCCAAUAAAUACUCUACACAGUGCUUUAGUGACACCUGAAAAGCUCAACUCACUGUAGGGAAAGCAAAACUCCAAAAUGGCUAAAAACCUCCUGAAAAAUCCAUAUGGAGAUGAUGAUUUUAGUAACUGGGAGUUGACGCAGAACGGUGGAGACAAAUGGAUAGUUGAACCGAUGACAGAUAAUGCAGUGGCUUCAUACUUCUGCACCUCACAUAAGCUGUGUCUUAAAAAACAAGUGAUCAUUCUGCUGCAAAGCGGUUAUGAUGCUGCAUAUUUAGAUUCUGCGCCUGAAGUGACUGUGAGGGACUGGUACGCCACUCGACAUGACUGUGGGGGCGUUUAUAGGCUUACUGUGUCACUGCUCAAUGAAAAUCGUGAGGUCAUUGCUACAUUUAAGCCGGCUGAUGUGACUGUGCCCGCUGAAACCACUUGGACACAGGUGACACACACAUUUACAGGUUAUGGUCGUGGUCUACGCUUCAUCUCUUUUGAACAUGGUGGUCAAGACAAUAAAAGUUGGAAAGGCUGGUAUGGAAUACGAGUCACUGGAAGUUCUGUCACCAUACCCCCAAAACCCUAAUAUGUGAUUCAAUAAUGUUACUGAUUGGUCAGCACUUUGCUUUUGACUAUACUAUAAAUAUAAAUAAAUAGUAAAGUAACAUUACAGAAACUUCACGGCUAAACCUUGCUGAACCAGCAAAGUCUUUGCUUACUUUUUUAAGAUUUAAAUGCCUAUUCAGAAUACAAAUACAUAAACUUAUCUCUGAAUGAAAAUAAAAAUGUGUGGGGCAAUAAUUGAAAUUAUUUUCUGC